AUGAUGGAUGCUACGACUAAUGAUAAAGUUAUAGAUUAUGCUGAUGAUCGUUUAAUGUUAAAAGUAUUACAAUCCGAUGAACUAAUGCCGAAUAUUUUCCUUUGUAUAGUAGCUGGUUAUGAAACAGCAUCAACAGCACUUGCUUAUUCGACAUAUAUACUAGCUACUAGACCUGUAAUGCAAGAUAAAAUUAUUGAAGAAAUUAAUCAUCAUAAUUGGAAUAAUAAUAAUAAUAAUAACGCAGAAGAGAUUUAUGAGACAGCACAUAAUCUUUCCUAUUCAUUAAUAAUUUUAAUUUUAAAUUUAAAUACAAAAUUUAAAUAUAAA